AUGGACAUAACUAGUAAGUCGUUGUCAGACGAUGGCAACAAGGCAAUGGUAGAGAUCAAUACAUCACAGGUUUGUCGUAAUACGCAUUCCGAGGGUUCGCGUCGUGCCAUGGAUUCGAUCUGUGCUAUUUCUUGCGGAGAUUCGAUAGAUGGUGCGACGAUAAAUGUCAAUCGUGCAGAUGUGAAACCGGUUAUAGGUCAACUUUGUGCGGUGGGAGGCACAAGUAUAUCACAGCGUCUACCAGGCCUUUAUUCCGGAUUGGAUGAUACAGACCAUGUAAAAGGUCAAUCCGAUCCAAACGCUCAACUGAACUUCCCAGGAAAUGCCAUCGAUAUCAAGGUUCCUACAAAUGGCACCUUCGACCUUGGUUUCACAAAUAAGAAAUCUUUGGAAUUUUGUUUCAGCGAUUACAAACCCGGCACAAGGAAUAGAAAUCCCCAAGUUUCAAAUGAUUCUGGCACUGUGAAAGUGAUGGGAUAUGGCAGAUGCAUAUCAGCAUUCUACACGGUCGUCUGGAUGUCUUGUAUGUUGGUUGCAUUGCUAGCACCAGCAUUAUUUCACGUUUGUUGUCAGUUCAGGCUUUAUGGUGGAUUCAUACCAACACAUGAUCGAAACGUAGAUUCUGAUGAUAUAAAACUGCGAGGAAGUUAUAUCAUUUCAGAUGCACGAUCUAUCGUAAACCAAUUGAGCGAAUUUGAAAACUUUUUCCUUAUAGGGGUGUUUUUGUACCUUUUGAUUCAAAUUAUUGGGUUUUAUGUGACACAGGCGCGAAUUCGAAUGUAUCUUUGGAGGCUUUGUGAGGUGUCUGUCGAAAUGGCCAAGCAUGAUUUCCUGUAUGACUGCAAACAACGAGCAGUGGAACAUUUUUCGGAUUAUACCAAGAGCAUCAGUCGUAACCAAACGCAUGUGUGCACACAAACGGAGAGAAGGUUGGUCAAAGCGUUUGACGAGGCAGCUUCGAAUUUUGGCAACAAUGAAACUGGUAAUAUAUGGCGUAAGACAUCUCUCAUGAGGUACAGAAUAUUGUUGACUAGGGUUUAUAUCCCCAUUAUUAUCAACCUUCUCAUUUCCAUAGGCACUUCCGUAUUCGUUUACGACAGGCGACUCCGCAUGCAUCACAGGGUGCCUUUGGCCCAUCCAGACAUUGUGGCCAACUUUUAUUGGUAUGCUGCUAUUCAGUAUGAAGGAUUUUGGUGUAUAUUCACAUUAAUGGUGUUAAAUUUCACAACCUGGGUUUACCUGUGUUAUGUCAAUCUUCACAAAACGCUCUUCGGAUUACUUGAAGAGGCUCACAACCAAAUCCGUACGGUUGCUGCAGACUAUAGUAGCAAGUUAGCCAAAGACAUUUGGGAUAAUCAGAUGCUACUGUUUUCAUCUACAGUGUGCGCUAUGGACACUAACAAGGUCGGACGGAGUGUUACGUGUGCUCCGCUUAGGGUGGAAACAUUCAACAGUCAAAUCAACUUCAACACCGACGUGGCAAACAAAGGCGGAAGGCAGUGUCUGUGUCGUUUUUUGUGUAUGCCAAGCACAGAAAGGGGAGUAGGAAUCGCGUCACCUUUUGUCGGUGGUACACCUUUCGAGGAAUUACACACCCCGUUGAUGGAAUCUGGAUUGCAUCGUCAUUACUAA